GGAGACAUCUGCCAGUAUCAGGGAGGCGGUAUGCAUCAGGGUCGGCAGAUCUGUCUAGGACGAGGAACAUUGGCAUCAUAGCACAUAUCGAUGCAGGCAAAACAACGACGACGGAGCGCAUGCUCUAUUAUAGCGGCUUCACUCGAAGAAUAGGAGAUGUCGAUGAAGGUUCUACUGUCACUGAUUUUCUUCCUGCCGAAAGAGCCCGCGGCAUAACCAUACAAUCGGCCGCAAUCACAUUCAAUUGGCCUCCUUUACCAGACGGUAGGCAGUCUACUCCUUCACAGAACGGAUCGUCAACGGCGGCGAGGUCCUCAAUUUCGCAUAAUGUCAACCUCAUUGACACACCUGGUCAUGCCGACUUCACUUUCGAGGUUUUGCGGUCUCUUCGAAUCUUAGACGGAGCUAUCUGUAUCCUAGACGGAGUGGCCGGGGUUGAAGCUCAAACUGAAAAGGUAUGGACUCAAGCGGAACAUUACAAUAUUCCAAGAAUUAUCUACGUCAACAAACUCGAUCGUUAUGGUGCUGCGUUUUCGAAGACGGUAAAAGAGAUUGGAGUUCGGUUACACGUCUGGCCCGCCCUGUGCCAAAUUCCAUGGUGGAAAGACGGUAAGGGGAAUUUCACAGGCGUCGGAGACGUAGUUGGACUUCGGGGGUUACUUUGGGAAGAAGGUGGCGACGGCAAAGCCAUUCAAAGCUUUUCUAUGGAAGAACUUGAGACAAAGGACCCAUCAUUCGCGACUGAACUCAAGAAAGCUAGAGUAGCGCUCGUUGAAGGUCUUAGCGAGUACGACGACAUCAUCGUUGAACAGUUUCUGGAGUACGACGAGGACCACAUUUCUAUUCCAAGUACCCAGAUUUUGGACGCGCUACGGAGAUGCGUCUUGCAAUCACCGCAAUACAUCAUUCCUGUCUUUGCCGGAGCUAGUUUCAAGAAUAUCGGGGUUCAGCCUCUCAUGGACUCGGUGAACAGCCUCCUACCAUCGCCAGAGGAAAGACCGGACCCGGAGAUCAGUAUAGGAGGGCUUAAAGGAACAUUGCAGCAGUUGCUGACUGGCCAGCUCGAUCUAUCUUUGUCCACCAAAGAUGCUCAAGCACAAAAGAAACCACAAAAAAGUCACCAGUUCGCGCUGCAGAAUCUUCAGGCAUGUGCUCUAGCCUUCAAAGUUGUAAACGACCCAAAACGUGGUGUGCUAGUCUAUGUGCGGGUAUAUUCAGGGUCCAUCGAUCGCAAUAGCAGCCUUUUCAACACUAGCCUGAACGUAACAGAAAAGGCACCUCGACUACUUAAGAUGUAUGCAUCGGAGGCAGUCGAGGUCGAAUCCAUUCCUACUGGCCAAAUUGGCGUCAUUAUCGGGCUCAAGUAUGCUAGAACCGGAGACACGCUCAUUUCUUACACGGGAGUCAACCCCAAGCUUGGCCCGCCGGCUCCCAUCAACACGCUUCAGCUUCGUCCGAUCAAUGUUCCUCCUCCAGUGUUCUUCACAAGCGUGGAACCAAACAGUCUUUCGGAAGAGAAACUUGUGCAUGAGACUCUAGCGCUUCUUCUCCGAGAGGAUCCAAGCCUUCAACUGACUAUGGACGAAGAAAGUGGACAGACUCACCUCGCGGGUAUGGGCGAGCUUCAUCUAGAGAUUGCCAGGGACCGACUUAUCAACGACUUCAAGGCUAAAGCUAGAACUGGGAAAAUCGAGAUUGGCUAUAGAGAGACGAUAAAUGUGGCGUCGGAGAGCUUUCAAGAAGAAGUCACCAGAGAAAUUGGAGGGAAGUUUGCUCGUGCCUCGUGUUCCGUCUCAAUUGCGCCUUUAGACCAAUUUCCAGGAGAAAGCGAUCGUUCUUCUGACAACGAAUCCGCCUUCGAUCUUGAGAAUGGCAACCAUGUUGUUAUCCAGCAUCGAGCUCUGACCCGAUCUGGCCUACCUGUUUCUUCAGACGACAUUGGAUUGCCAGAUCACCUUCCUUUCGAAGUUAUGUUAUCAGCUUUUCAAACUGGUGCAUUGGCGGCACUUUCACGUGGACCGGAGCAUGGCUUCCCUGUAGCGUCCGUACAGAUCAACAUCUCUCUUAACCCAUCUCUACAUAUCUCCCAGGAGACUACACCCGCAGCUUUGUCAACCGUCGUCAGGCAAGCCGUCCGCGCCGCACUCAAGGACUCAGUCCAGAAGGGAGGAUCGAUUCUCAUGGAACCAGUGAUGAUGGCUACUAUCACUGUCAACGAAAGCAGUCUCGGCAGCGUUGUCCACGACAUUAGUUCCGCACGUGGCGGACAAGUCAUGUCUCUCGAUCGCGACGAAUCCACCGAUUCCGCCUCCGACACCAGUGCAUCCAACCAAGACGACGUUUUGAUCAUCAAUUCUGAUCGCAUAUACACACCACCGGACCCUUUUCAAGGAAGCGACUCGGCUCUUGCAUCUGCGGACCGACAGAGACAAAUCACUGCCCGAGUCCCGCUCAAAGAGAUGGUGGGUUAUCUCAAUCAUUUGCGGAGCCUGACGGGCGGCAGAGGCACCUUUGUCAUGACUGUGGAUGGGUUUGAAAAGAUGAAUGUGCAGAGGCAGAAGAGCGUUCUUGAUGCAAUGCGUGGCGACUUUGUGUAAGUACUGUAUUAAAAGGUUGUAAGAGUAGGCUUGUUGGAUUGAAAGAAUGAAGAAAAAUGUAUACCAUAGGUGCGUCCCUAUCAAGACAAGCCACACGGCACUAUAUUUGAAGCCCAUCUCCCAUCAGCUAUUUCCCAAUACUGCUUGGUGUUAGACUCGCUCAUGCAAUAAUAUUACAG